GACUGAUGGCCCAUGGCCCCUUUUAACCACGUCAGACGGCACUGAGACGCCUAGGUGGGCAAGCCGUGUGUCUGUGUCUGUGUCUGUCAGUGAGGGUACUAUCAUAUCCCCCGGCGUCUAAGCGGCAAAUUGGGGCUAAAACGUCACCACCACGAGGGCCUGUAAACCGCUAGAGCACGUCCGAUAACCCCACCAGUCGCUGGAGCUUUUCUUUCCACUCAUCACGCCCUACCCGUAGCUUCCCUUCUUCCCUCAAGAUCCCCCUUCCACCUCUGACUCUCAUUGCCCAUCACAGCCCUUAAUUGAGCUGUGACCUCGCGACCGCGCCUCCCGCAGAGCGAUUGCACACCGAACCACACCAUGGCCGACACAGUUAUCCAGCCUCAACAUGAGGAGGUCAAUGCCGGAAACAUGGAGCUCAAGGACAACACUAUCAUUGUUGUUCUCGGCGCCUCUGGUGAUUUAGCCAAGAAGAAGACUUUCCCAGCUCUCUUCGGUCUUCACCGAAACAACUUCCUCCCCAAGAACAUCAGCAUCGUCGGAUAUGCGCGCACCAAGAUGGACCACGAGGAAUACCUCAAGCGCGUCAAGUCGUACAUCAAGACCCCCACAAAGGACUUGGAGAAGCAGUUGGACGAAUUCUGCAACUUCUGUACCUAUGUCUCGGGUCAAUACGACCAGGACGACUCAUUCAUCCAGCUCGAGAAGCAUAUGCAAGAGAUUGAAAAGGGCCGCAAGGAGACCAACCGCGUCUUCUACAUGGCUCUUCCUCCCAGUGUCUUCAUCACAGUUUCUCAGCACUUGAAGCGAAAUUGCUACCCGAAGAGCGGCAUUGCCCGCGUCAUUGUCGAGAAGCCAUUCGGCAAGGAUCUCCCAAGUUCAAGAGAGUUGCAAAAGGCAUUGGCUCCAGACUGGUCUGAAGAUGAGCUCUACCGAAUUGACCACUACCUGGGUAAGGAGAUGGUCAAGAACAUUCUCAUUCUCCGAUUCGGUAACGAGUUCUUUGGCGCAACCUGGAACAGGAACCACAUCGAUAACGUUCAGAUUACCUUUAAGGAGCCUUUUGGCACCGAAGGACGAGGAGGUUACUUUGACGAGUUUGGCAUCAUCCGAGAUGUCAUGCAGAACCACUUGCUGCAAGUACUGACACUCCUUGCUAUGGAGCGACCAAUUUCCUUCUCAGCAGAAGAUAUUCGUGACGAAAAGGUGCGUGUCCUCCGUGGCAUGGCCUCCAUCGAGCCCAAGAAUGUCAUCAUCGGACAAUACGGAAAGUCGCUGGAUGGUACGAAGCCGGGCUACAAGGAGGAUGACACCGUGCCCAAGGACUCGCGAUGCCCCACCUUCGCCUCCAUGGUCGCUUACAUCAAAAACGAGAGGUGGGACGGCGUGCCCUUCAUCCUCAAGGCUGGAAAGGCGCUCAACGAGCAAAAGACCGAGGUCCGCAUCCAGUUCAAAGACGUUACUUCGGGUAUUUUCAAGGACAUUCCCCGUAAUGAGCUUGUCAUCCGAGUGCAGCCCAACGAGAGUGUCUACAUUAAGAUGAACUCCAAGCUGCCCGGUCUCAGCAUGCAGACCGUUGUCACAGAGCUUGAUCUUACCUACAGGCGGCGAUUUUCCGACCUGAAGAUCCCAGAGGCAUACGAAUCGCUUAUUCUCGACGCGCUCAAGGGCGACCACUCCAACUUUGUUCGUGACGAUGAGCUCGAUGCCAGCUGGAGGAUCUUCACUCCUCUGCUGCACUAUCUGGAUGACAACAAGGAGAUCAUUCCCAUGGAGUACCCAUACGGCUCUCGUGGUCCUGCCGUAUUGGAUGACUUUACUUCUUCUUACGGAUACAAGUUCAGCGACGCAGCAGGAUACCAAUGGCCAAUGAAUGAGCAGAAGUUGUAGAAGACUGCUGGUGACUAUGUUUGAAAGCGGCAACGAAUUGCGCCCUCUUGGUGUAUUGAUCGGCCUUGGCAGUCUUUCCAUGCAGAAAUACAAGUAGCUGAAUAGAUAAUGAAUGCGACGACGUCUUUAUGUCGCAAAGCACUAUGCCUACAUAAUGAGUGACUGUUUGUAGCGCGUCUGUUGCU